UACAUUCGUAAGUACCCAGCUCUAUUACUUGUACGAUUGCAAAUUAAAAUUAAAAUUGACAAUUUGCUAGAGAAAUAUGAAUUUAAAGGCGGAGUUUGUGCUUUUCUUUGUGCUGGCCUCAGUAGCCAGCAGUUUGGGGUUUUUGGAGCAUGACAGUUGGGUUACGGUGGAGCUUCAACACUCGCUGGCUGCCAACUCGGAUAGCUUUUCCUUCCGUGGAAACGUGACCAUUCCAAGCUUAAACUCCGGACUAGCCAAUGUGGACCAGUCAGCCUUAAGUAACUCUGAGCUGGACAUGUUAAAGAAACUUGCCCUGCAAAAUGAGUUCUACCGCUUGAAGGCCACUGUUGUAUACUCUAAUGGUGCCAAGGCACAGUUCAUUACUUCCAACAAGGCCUGCCGUCUGCUGCAAGCGCAGUUAAACGACGUUCUCUGGGUGUCGCUGGAUCCCUCCGGAUAUGUUACCGGCAUUACUGUCUCCCAGGACACGGCACCCGCCACCUCUGAGUGCAACCAGGACGACGUCAACAAGCUAGUUGAGUCGCAGUUCAGCACCGAUGUCUUGAUCCGCCACGCUGAACUGGCGCCUGUGCCAGAUACGGCCGGAUUUAUUCAAAAAGUUGAGCGCGAGCGCGAGGCCAGGGAGCGCGGAGAGGUUCGCGAUAACCGGGGUUUUUUCGCUAAAUAUUGGAUGUACAUCGUUCCAGUUGUUUUGUUGGUUUUCAUUUCGAGCGCCACCAAUCAGGAGGGUGCCAAAUAGGUUUGCCUAAGUUAGUUUGGUGCCCACUUGUGUUUGUUAGCAUUUUCUAAUUAAAUUUCUAGGCAAUUCUGGAUUUAUCAAGUCAUAGCAUUUUAACAAAUGUAAAUUAAAUAAUUAUAUAUUGAUACAACAAACAAGUUUUAAUAUACAUAUAUGCAGAAACGUUUA